AUGGCUUCAGAUCUCCUAUCUCCUGCGGAAAUCCCCACGGUGGGAGAUUUGUACCGCCAGAAACGUCUGCAGCAUUAUCACUCCCAAGUUGAACCCUCAAAAACGUUGAAUGGUAUCAUUUCCUUCAUCCGAAAUGACAUCACCAAGCUCAAAGUCGACUGCAUCGUGAACGCAGCUAAUAGUUCUCUUCUCGGUGGUGGUGGCGUGGACGGGGCCAUUCACCGUGCUGCGGGGGAGAGUCUGCUCGCUGAAUGCGCUGCGCUUGACGGAUGCGACCCCGGCGAUGCAAAGAUCACUUCUGCAUACGAGCUGCCUUGCAAGAAGGUCAUCCACACCGUGGGGCCGAUCUAUAUGCAUGAAGACAGCCCAGAUCAGACUCUCCGUUCAUGCUACCGACGUAGCCUAGAAGUGGCCGUUGAAAACAGCAUGAAGAGCAUUGCCUUUGCUGCCAUCAGCACUGGCGUUUACCGCUAUCCCAGUGACGAAGCGGCCGAAAUAGCCUCCGAAGAGACGCGGAAGUUCCUCGAUAUGCCUGUCAACAAUGGAAAGCUGGAGCGUGUGAUUUUCUGCAACUUCGUGGAAAAGGAUAUGGAGUCCUACGAAUGGAAGAUUCCCCAAUUCUUCCCUCCUACCCCGGAAGAAUUGGGUCAAACCAACGGAACCAGCACUUGA